AUGACAACAAUGGGCGUGACAGUGUACUGCAACAGAGUGCAGAUAAACGGGGACCAGGAGCAGCUGAUGCUGCUGAGAACCCUCCAGGACAACGGGAGCAACAUCCUGGGAAGUUCGCCGCAUCUGAUCGUCCAGAAAGGUCUAAACAUGAACAUGAAGCUGGAUCAUGGAAGCAGCAACAAUAAUAUAGUUCUCCCGCCUUACGAUCCGACCAGACUAAAGAAACACGGGAAAAAUGGUCAGCCUCCGCCAGUCGCGGUCGCAAAGAGGAAUGCCCGCGAGAGAAACAGGGUGAAGCAAGUUAACAACGGGUUCGCGACACUCAGACAACACAUUCCUAAUUAUAUUGCCGCAGGGUAUGGAGACCGCGGGAAGAAAUUGUCGAAGGUUGAAACUCUCAGGAUGGCUGUCGAGUAUAUUCGCGGGCUGCAGAGACUACUUGCGGAGGCCGAUGGUGUGGAGUUUGAUAGUGGAAGUCACAAUAUUCCGUCACCCAGUAGCAGUAUUUCUGGGCAUAAUGGACUAUCACCGGCAGCCGCGACGUCGCCGAAAAAUUUGUACCCCGCGGGGGAUGAAGAAAACUUGGAGCCCGUGAUACCUGUGCAAAACUUUGCAAGGCUGUCCCCAAGUCUGGCGUCGCCCGCGACGGAGUACUACCAAAAUGAGGAGAACCUGGAGCCGCAAAUCCUCUCCCCGUACAGCGGAGCCGGGGACAGCGAGGAGGGUGGAACUAUUUACGCGGCCAGUCCCGAGGGAUUCGGUACCAUUUACUACAAGCAGGAGAUCUCUGACACCGGGGAGUUCAUGGACGUCGUGAGCUGGUGGGAACAGGAACAGGGAAGACUAGUACACACUCAACCCCAUACGCAACGGCUCACCCAUGUGUAA